AUGGGCCUUGUUCUAGCGCUGCAGCAUAGCUAUUCAAACCAAAAGGAUGGGGUUUGUCUUGAGACUUCUCAGCUCUCGUCGGAAUUUGUUGACUUACAUCACUUACCAGCUGAGCUUGCUCUCAAUAUAUUGUCGAGGCUCAAUGCCACUGAUCUAUAUCUAGCAUCUUGUGUUUGGUAUGAUCUUGCUUACGAUGAGGUGUUGUGGAAGAGUUUGUGCAAAGCUUCGUGGCCAUUUUGCUCGGCGUACAAGAAUGGCGUACUUCAGUCUGAUCCGUCAUUCCGUCGAUUGUACCUUAAGCUAGAUGAAGCGCGUUUGACAUUUAAUGCAGACGCCUUUGAAGGUAUGGGGUACAUCUUCAGACAUCGUCUUGUUGACGAUAAUACCGAUGAUCUUGUUAACUUUUUCCACUAUGCUUCCGGAUUAGAUCCAUUCCAGAAGCGUCGAUAUCUGGAAACGAGGCCCCAGGUUCUACGCGGACUGGUGAAUUUAAAAGAUUUCCGGAACUAUUCAUUACCAAAUGCGUUAAGAGGUCUUUUUACUGAACUGCCAGUACAAUCAUCAGAACCUAGCGCGUCAGCUUUCAUUCACCUGUUGGUCGGUCUGUUUUCCGAAAGAUUUACUCAAUGCAAUCCAGAUCUUGGGAUCACACGUGAUGAGAUCUAUUUACUGUGCUUUUCAAUGAUCAUGUUAUCCGUUGAUCUCUGGAGCCCAUCCAUCAAAAAUAAAAUGUCUAAACGUGAAUUUAUUCGCAAUACAAGACAAGUGGCAACCACAACGUCGGAUGAGUUUUUGGGAAACCUAUAUGAUAAUGUGUAUAUUGUUGGGCAUGUCGUACUGAUCGAUUGUUCUGGACCUCCCUUCCGUCAUUCUGAAGUUAAAGCAAUCCUUGUGAGAAAUCAACCUCUGUCAUUACCUGCUUUUUAA